AUGCCUCGUGAUGCCGGCCCCCGCAAGCCCACCCUCAAGCAGCUGGCGAAGCAGAAAGCGAAGGACAUCAAGACCCGGGAGCGCAACGAGGCGACGUUCGCAUCCGCCGUUCAGCACUCCAAAAGCACCAUACUCGACGUGGACAUGCGGUUCAUUCAAGACACGCUGACCCAGAACCCGACUUGGAUUUCUCCACUCGCUGGUCUGAUCCGCUCGGGCUCGUUGAAUGGUCUUCUGAAGGACGUUGCCAAGAAGGAGGAGACCGGUGGACUGAGAUGGAAGGGCAAGUGCACCAAAUGGGGCAGUUUGCCGCUUGAGAUGGCGAGCUUAAUGCUCAAGCAUUGCGGUGUGGAGCUCGCGGAGGACGUACAGAAGGACGAACCCGUCGUACGGACCCUCUUCGAGAUCCAGUUCUGGGCAGCCAAGUCGGCGUCCUUGCCAUCUCGUGCGGACAUUCGCUAUCAGUCCACGUUGGUCAAGUUAGCGAGGGCCCGCAUGGAGGACGUUGGUCGCAACUACAUAGCUGCGGUGAACUCGGCGGAGGCUAUCAGUGUUGACCGGGACAGGUACAACAUCUGGUCACUUGAGAACAACACGUUGUACUGCCACGUCUUUGCCACACAAGAUGGACACCCUCGCCGUUCCCGCUCGGAGUUCGUACCCAACGAGUCGUACCUCAGCCACGAGCUUCCUACUCUCCCGGACAACAAGACGUGGCAAUUGGACGACCCUUUUGCGGUGGACUGUGUCAUUUCAGAUGGACAGCAUAACUCGUUGUUCAGUUUUGAAUGCGCGAGUUUCUUUCCUACUUUGCCGGACAUGAAGGCCAAGUGGACCUUCGACUUGUCGUCGGACGCAGACACCACGGACGCUCUGAAAAAAGAGAUCGAGUCGCACUUUCUCCAGAGUUCGUUCUCCCUCCUCAAGCAGCAGGAGCACGCUGCAAACGCCGAGAAGAAGGGCACCAAACGAAAGGCAUCCUCGCAGCAGAUGCAGGACGACAUGGAGGACGACAACGAGCAAGCGGACAAUGAGGAGCACACGGGUGACCAGAUGGAAGAGGUAGCAGCUGGACGAAGCACACGUUGUACAGAGUUUGCCACGUCGAGCUUUGCAACGAUUGUUCUUUUGCAUCAAUGGCACCAGGGUAUGCGCAAAGAUGCCAAAUGGAAGAAGCCGGCAGAGGAGGUAUCCAAGCUGGCCGGGGAGUUGCUUCAAGGCCUCGCUUCCUUGUUCCUGCAGACCCCGCAGGACUUCUCAUUCACGUGGGACGGAAACACUCUGGUGCUGCCGUUCAAAGGAGGUUCGCUGGACGUGGACGAGGUUGUACUGCAAAACAGUUUACUUGCUAAAGUACUACACCGCGAUCGUUCCCGAUUCAUGGACGUGCUGCAGGAUGUGAAUGUGGACUGCACCCGUCGGACAAUUGGAGACACUCGCAAGUCAUCUAGUUUGAGGACGAAGUACUACUUGUUGGCGGCUUUGGCACGUGCCAUGGAUUCGUCGGACGACACGCAUUCCUGCUGGACAUCUUUGAAUGUGAAGCAAGUGAUGCAGCUUAGGAGCACCUCCGGAUAUCGUCGGUCGUCCACGAGUUUUCGACAAGAGGUUGCGAGUUCAUCGAAUGCCACACGCAGGACACUUACCUCCACAUUGCAAGGACAUGCGUUCACCGUGCAGGACAGCAGCGAACAGCAGGACGAACAAAAGAUCAAGAAGCACGCUUCUAUGGACGCACACAGGCUAGCACGCAUGGAGCGAUACGCCUAUGUCACGCAGGGCAAGUCAGAUUUCCUCUCGACGGACAUUUUGUGCGUGGUGGUCCAGAAAUCGUCCGUCUUGUCGGCUGAGCAGUGGAAAGCUAUGUGGAACAAGGCUUCCAAGAAGUUCCUCGGGAUCGAGAAACCCGUUGGACCUGGUCAUGCGGAGGACCGGCUGGCCACACUGUCUUGGAUGCAGGACAUAAACCACGGCUUGCGACCCAUUGGCUGGACUUUUGGCUGCUGCCAGAGCACGCCGGCCGGCCCCGCGGAGGACGACACGAAGGCUAAACGUGCACCGAUCAUGAUUUUGUGCACCGACCAAGAAGCAACACAGCUGGCGGCUGUCUCCUUCUUGAGGAACAAAAAGAGCCUCUGGAUCGAACACGUCUCGGACCCCGCCCACAGGUCGCACAACGACGUGGCUUUGGCCUUGUCGGCCGCUGGACUCCUGAAGUUCUGCACGUGCAUCUCGCUGUACAACAUCAGGUAUGGACCCUGGCAGAAGGGCUCGUGGGCGUUGAAGAUCCAGCAAGCCGCAAAUCGCAUGAAGGACAACAUGGACCCCUCGGACCCGAUAUUGCUCCUUUUCUUCCCGGACAUUCUGCUGGACGCCGGCCUCUCCCCCCUGGACGACAACACGGAGGAGAAACGCAGGUCGUUUUUGCAGACAUUACCCGACAUGGACUGCAUCCGCAUCAAGGGCACGAAGGCCAGCAAGAGUCGGUUCAAUUCCCUGACGACGGCCCACAGCGCGCUGGACAAAGAGUGGUCGGUCUUGGCUUUAGUUCUCACGGUGGUCUGCUUGGAGCACAACUGGGCAGUUUCCACUAAGGACCUCUUCUCGCAGGACAGCAACCAGGCCCGUGCCUCGGUUCCAUAUGGUGGAAGCAAGUCUUCUGCCAUACAGGAGGCCAAGCAAGGCAUGGACCAGGAGCGGAAGGGCAGCGCGAACAGUCUACACUUAAUGACGAAGUUCGUGAUCUCGCAGGACAACAAGACGACAGCCAGGAUGAUGUUCCAGGUCUUGCAACCCGAAGAGCUUCGUUGUUCGCUCAUGCUCAAGCAGCUGCGUUCCAAAGGCAUGACGAAGGACUACUACUCUGGCUGGGCACACUGGUCUUGGAUGAGCACUGCAAAGGACCACGUCAGGACUUUGUCGAAUUUGGAAGGUUUAUCUCGUGUCGGCCUCGACCUGACACUGGCACGCGCACAACCCCCGGAGGAGACAGAGCUUGUCUGGCAGGACUCGCUCGCAGGCCAAAUGACGCAGUUGACACUACAGAUCCUGCGGCUGCGGGCCGGGGCACAGCUGUACCAUACUGGAGGUUUCGGUGCGACCGCAGGACUAGUCCAUGCUGAAGAGCAGUUCCGUCGGGCAAGCUUGGAUUUUUUCAAAGAGAUGCAGUCUUGUAUCCAGGACACGCACAGUGGUGGUUCUCGUAUGGAAAAAAAAUUGCUCGAAGGUCAUUUCUCCCAAGGGCCGAUUAGUCGGUACAUCCUCGCCGAUCUUUGCACUACCCGGUUUCAGAGCCUUACGGAGGACGUUGCACACGUAUUGACCAGCAUUUGGUCGGGCCUCUUGAACACGAAGAUCAUCGAAGACUGUAAUAAAGUCCAGCGCGAGGCCGAGCAACGACAUUCGUCUUCGAAGGACUUGGGUCGUUUGGACGGAUGGAAGGCUGUGACCCAACAGGCCGUGGUCAAGAUGUACGAGAGGGUGGAGGCACUGUCAACGGAGCUCUACCACACGCCGGCAGCGUUUGACGUGGCCAAACUUUUCUGCAAAGACACCGAGAAGAAGAAGAUUCAAGCAGUUCGUCGUCGUUCCGAUUCGUCGGUCAGCACGCAGGUCAGUGCCUCGGAGGUGCAGGAAGCACAGCUUCUUGCAGACGUGACGAAGACGAGGGACUGGGUCUCCCACAACCACGCCGAGGAACAGGAGGUUUUGGCUGCCUUCAGUUUACUGAUGAAGGCGUGGAGGGCCAAGCGAUGGUCGCUUUGUGAAGAAGGUUGGUGCUCUGGACUUUUGCCCGAAGGACAUGUUGUACUGGCAGGUGCAGACCCGUUGUUCAUCGUUCGGACAUACCGUUUGGCUGCACUCGCAUGGCCCGGCAAGAUCGUUAAGGACAAGGACCAUGAGUUUUUCGAAUUCAACAUGGGCGUUCGGUCUCUCUUUUGGAUGCACAGCACAUCUUUGGACUUGGAAGUGUUGCGGCUGCGAGUUGUUUCACCUCUGCGUGCCUCGGCUGCAGUACAGUUGAACAUUGUCAGCCCGACACGGACAUUCUCUACAUAUAUAUUCGUCCUAUAA